AUCUUGUUACAGAUAAAGACUACACACGCGUAGAAGUUGCAGUAAACGAGCGGUUACGACUGAUGUGUGGCAUGAAACCCAGCAUUGAAAAGUCAUCAGUGCUGUGGUACAAAGAUGGCGUCCUCGUUGAUAGCCAGAGGAGCAGAUACGUGCAGCAGAAACAAUGGUUAAGAAUAAAGUCAUUCAGACCCAAAGAUGUAGGCGUAUAUUCAUGCAAGGUCGACAAUGAUGAUGCCAAAGAAUUAUCUCUUAUGAUCAACCAAAAGCCGUCUCAAGAUUUUGAAGGUUUCCAAGCAGAUAUGGGACAAACAUUACUUCCAGAAAGCCUAUCACAAAUCAGAACAGCAGCUUUAGUGGAUAACAAUACACUAGAAGAAAACACAACGGACAGCAAACGAUAUGGUAAAGACGAUGAUCCUGAUGAAAAAGGGGAAAAAGAUCAUCCAAAUUAUGGUCAUAUAGAUGAAAAACAGGAAUAUUUCCCUCCCCGGUUCAAGCAUCCCACGAAAUUAUAUUACAUGGACAUGAAACCUGCAGGGAACUCCAUACGAAUCCGAUGCGCUGCAGAAGGGAACCCUACGCCGAACAUAACUUGGUACAAGAACCGAAGUACACCGAUAUCUAGGAUGUUCUUCCAGCCAUCUUAUGGAAAGUGGUCGAUGAGUAUGGAAGAAUUAACGAAAGCUGAUAAUGGAAACUAUACUUGCGUCGUUUGUAAUAUUCUCGGCUGCAUCGAGCAUACUCUUGCUCUGCACGUUCAAGAGCGUCUUUACGCGAAGCCAGUCCUGACGGCUGGGGCUGACAAUCAAACGGUGGUGGUUGGGGAAACGGCUCGUUUCAGCUGUCAGUUCCUUACUGACAUGCAUCCAUCAGUCUACUGGAUGUACUUUACAAGAAAUGAAACCUUCGAGAAUGUUACUGUUAACCCAGCCGAUGUAACAGUCCAGCAGUCCAUGGUGUACUACGACAAAAGUAAAGUUGUCACGAGUGAAAAUCCAGAAGACAAGCCAGAACAGCUGACGAUAUACAAUGUAACGAAAGAAGAUGAAGGGUGGUACGUCUGUAUAGCUCUCAACAGUUUAGGAAACACAACGGCUAAGGGAUACUUGACUGUGUUGGAAUCGCCCCCAGUUCUAGAAGCCCCGGACCAUGGAAAGCACACAUUACUGAUAAACAUACUGACAGUGGUGCUAGGAGCCAUGUUCUUCGUGGCUGCUAUAAUAGUGGUAAUGAUUUGCAAGAAGCUAAAGCGAGAGAAGGAGCAAAAACAGUUAGCUAUAGAGACUGCCAGAGCUGUGAUAGUGACGCACUGGACGAAGAAGGUCACUGUUGAGAAACCACAGAUGAAUGGUUCGCCUACUGCUACUGGUGAAGCUUUGCUAAUGCCAGUCGUGAAAAUCGAGAAGCAGAAGCUGCAACAGGUCCAGAACACGACCAGCGAUUCUAUGAUGAUGUCGGAGUACGAGCUACCGAUGGACAUCGACUGGGAAGUUCCUCGGGACUCCCUGUGUAUCGGGAAGGUGCUCGGAGAAGGAGAGUUUGGCAAGGUGGUCAAGGCUGAAUGCGUGGGGAUAUUGAAACCUGGCAUGCAGUCUGUGGUAGCUGUUAAGAUGUUGAAAGAGGGCCACACAGAUGCGGAGAUGAUGGCCCUAGUCUCAGAGAUGGAGAUGAUGAAGAUGAUAGGUAAACACGUGAACAUCAUCAACUUGCUCGGUUGCUGCACACAAGACGGACCACUAUACGUCAUCGUUGAGUACGCCCCUAACGGAAACUUGAGGGAGUUCCUUCGAAACCAUCGACCUGGAAAUAGAUACGAGUCCCCAACAGAAGACUUGAAGGAAAAGAAAACGCUAACACAGAAGGAUUUAGUUUCAUUCUCAUAUCAAGUUGCGAGAGGAAUGGAGUACUUGGCAUCUAGACGGUGUAUCCACCGUGACUUGGCAGCGCGUAACGUCCUCGUUUCCGACGACUGCAUCCUCAAGAUAGCUGACUUCGGUCUGGCUAAGGAUGUCCACAGCAACGACUAUUACAGGAAAAAGACGGAAGGCAGGCUCCCCGUGCGGUGGAUGGCUCCAGAGUCACUUUAUCAUAAAGUGUUUACUACUCAGACUGAUGUCUGGUCUUUCGGCGUGCUCCUAUGGGAGAUAAUGACGCUGGGCGGCACGCCGUACCCCACCGUCCCGGGGCAGUACAUGUACCAGCACCUCAGCGCAGGACAUCGGAUGGAGAAACCUCCGUGCUGUAGUCUUGAAAUAUACAUGCUGAUGCGUGAAUGCUGGUCCUUCUCUCCAGGAGACAGACCCUCGUUUACAGAACUCGUGGAAGACCUUGACAAGAUCCUAACAGUCACCGCCAACCAAGAGUACCUGGACCUUGGUCUACCACAAUUGGACACUCCACCAUCGAGUUACGAUGGCUCAGGAGAUGAAAGUGAUAGUGACUUCCCCUUCAUCAAGUAG